AUGUCGACCAAGAUUAUCGCAGCAUGUCUUCUGGGCGCAGCAUGGGCCGUGCCUUGUGCCCCCUCCGCGGCUCCCUCCAGCUCACUCGGCAGCACUGCCCCUGCCCUCUCGGCUAGGAAAGCAGCCAACAGCGGCCACUUGACGCCGCUCAGGGCGGCAAAACGCACCUCUGCCGUCGCGGCAAAGGGGACGCGACGGCACCAGCGAGGAGGCCGCGUCCAAAACCCCCGUCUGGCGUCACACGACGCAGCCAACGUCCGGGACGGCGUCGGCAGCGGCGUCGACUCCUACACCACGUACCUGGGGACGGGAUCCGUCUCGGAGGGCUGGCCCGACCGGUCCCGCUGGGUCUCGUUUGAAAACAUGUUCGACAACUACAAGAGCCAGAUGCUCCAGUCGUGCGGCUGGCAGAACCCCCCCCAGCCCAACAACAGCGGCGCCGAGCUCGUCGACAUCUGGGACGGGAUCCAGAGGGCCGCGGCGGCGACAGGCGUCGACCAUCGCUUCAUCCUCGCGGUCGUGAUGCAGGAGUCGCACGGGUGCGUCCGCGCGCCGACGACAAACAACGGCGUCCGGAAUCCCGGGCUGAUGCAGUGCCACAACGGCCGCGGCACCUGCAACGACAACGGGCACACGCUGAAUCCGUGUCCGUCGGGGACGAUCCAAGAGAUGAUUAGCGAGGGGACGGCGGGGACCGACGCGGGCGACGGCUUGGCCGGCUGCAUCAACCGUUCCGGCAGGGAUGACGUUUCCGCCUUUUACCGGGCCUCCAGGAUCUACAACUCGGGGUCUAUUGCGAGCUCUGGGCUCUUGCAGGACGGGAUUGCGACGCACUGCUACGCCAGCGACAUUGCCAAUCGUCUUACCGGGGCCGACCCCAAAGGCACGGCUUCCCAGAAGCAGCGGUUUGCGAAAACCAACCACCGUCUGAAGCCGGAUCGGUGUGACUUGCCACCGGGGGAAGAGCAGACAUAG